CCCCACAGGGAUGGACGACCCGCUGGUGUGCUACAAGUGUGCCAUCCGCCCCCCCACCAGGCAGCGGGGCGAGGUGAUCCCCCCUUGCUCCCAGUUCUCCCUCGCCGCCAACUUCUCCGUCCCCUGCCCCUUCUCGUCGGCCUGCUUCAAGAAGACCAUCUCCAUCCCGCUUCCGAGCGGAGUCCUUUCUCAGAUCCCCGCUCUCCCCCACCCAUCGACCAAUCACGCGAGGCGACCCGACCCGCCAUCCAUCUGGGUCAUCCUCCUCCCCCGCUGA